CACUUCACAAAACAAUCGACGCUCAACUACCGUACUACUUCGUCUCUGAGUGCUCUCUCACAAAGUCAUUGAUCAAAAUGGCGGCCGCGACGGAUAAUCCUCCUGCCGAUAUCACGGAAAAUCUGCCUGAUCUCCCGCCAUCCACACUUCUCCCGCCGCUCUUCAACAACACCAACCCUCCUCCGGAACUCUUGACUCAAGGUGCUGAAGCGCUUCUUUAUCGCACAACCUACCUAGUGCCCUCUAUUCCAUGCGCGCUCAAGCACAGGCCAUCAAAACCAUACCGCCAUCCAAUUCUUGAUGCGCGACUCACCAAGCAGCGUAUCCUUGCUGAAGCCCGAGUUCUUGCGAAAUGCCGCCGAGAAGGUGUCAACGUACCAGCCGUUUACGCACUUGACUGGGAAAAGGGCUGGCUUCUGAUGGAAUGGAUUGAGGGCGGCACUGUUCGGAGUAUCCUAGACCGCUGGCUGCACAGUACUCCAGUUGGCGUUGACGCAAGCAAGCGCGAGUCAGAGCUCAAGGAUCUCAUGAGUCGCGUGGGACAAACUGUUGGAGAAUUGCACCGUGCGGGUGUGGUGCAUGGUGAUCUGACGACAAGUAAUCUGAUGUUGAAGCCUGUUUCUACUGCUGAUGACACGCUCGCGUCAUCUCAUGAAGAGGAGGGGAAACAGCACCAAGAGCAACGAGAGCAGCAUUUGCAGGGAGAGGUCGUUGUGAUUGAUUUUGGACUGGCCAUGCAGAGUGUCCAGGACGAAGACAGAGCUGUGGAUCUCUAUGUUCUAGAACGAGCAUUUGGCAGCACUCAUCCUCGAGCGGAAAACUUGUUCCAAGAGGUUCUAAGAGCAUAUGGGGAGAGUUUUAAGGGCGCCAAGGUGGUUCUGAGGAGGCUUGAGGAUGUGAGGAUGCGGGGAAGAAAGAAGAGCAUGAUUGGAUGAAGAUUUGAUCUUAGGCACAAUUAUACCCUUUGCAUGAGAGCAAGAAGGAGGUGUAGAAGAUAUAUUUCAACGUUUCUCUCCUUAGAGAGGAUGAAUUGCAACAAAAGAACGUAUGAAGGGUAGAGAAUGAAAAGCAUAGCAUGGCGAGUGGCGUUUGGGGAUUGCUCUUGACUAGAUAGCAUGUCACAGCAGACAUUAUAUGGAAAUUCAAAUGAAGAGAACCUGAUCGUUGAAUGUUUUAUCAGAAGGUGACAUUUAGGACGCAUCUCAACGUUUCAGACGCUGUGGCGUGAUUCUUCACCACAGGACAGCCCCAAGAGCGAACGCGAAAACGUCAAUCAAUGAUGGAUAUCCAUGCGGGCAGAAAGUCGGCCAUCGUUUCAAUUGACUUACAUUACAUAUAAUCUGCCAAGAAUACAAUGCUUUUUCAUGUCAAAAAUCACAAUUUGCCCCCAUGGCUGGCAAUAUGAACACU